CCCCGGCGCCGGGCUCCCUUGCGUAGAGCUGCUGUGUUGUGAUCACGUGGCCUGCCUGGGGCGCGCGGCUUGUUUUGGUUUUCCUUCCGCUUUCCCGGCGUAGCUUCGGUGUGCUGCUGCCUUUCCUGGGCUCCACCGCCUCCUGCAUCCCGGCUGGUCUUCGGGCUCUCUCGGCCCGCGCUCUCAGGAGCCCCUCGAGGCGGCGUCUUGUCAUGCCGCUGGUACGCUACAGGAAGGUGGCCAUCCUCGGGUACCGCUCCGUAGGGAAGACAUCUUUGGCACAUCAGUUUGUGGAAGGCGAAUUCCUGGAAGGCUACGAUCCUACAGUGGAGAACACUUUCAGCAAGACAGUGACUCUUGGCAAAGAUGAGUUUCACCUACAUCUAGUGGACACAGCAGGGCAGGAUGAGUACAGCAUUCUGCCCUAUUCCUUUAUCAUUGGGGUCCACGGUUAUGUCCUUGUGUAUUCUGUCACGUCUCUGCAUAGCUUCCAAAUCGUUAAGAGCCUGUACCAAAAGCUCCAUGAAGGCCAUGGUAAAACUCGGCUGCCGGUGGUGCUUGUGGGGAACAAGGCAGAUCUCUCUCCAGACAGAGAGGUGCAGGCCAUUGAAGGGAAGAAGCUAGCAGAGUCCUGGGGUGCCACGUUUAUGGAGUCAUCUGCUCGAGAGAAUCAGCUAACUCAAGAGAUCUUCAUCAAAGUCAUCCAGGAAAUUACCCGUGUGGAGAAUUCUUACGGGCCAGACCGCCGAUGCUAUCUCAUGUGAGCUCUUGACAUGGACUAGCUGCCUUGUUUCUGCUGCAGGCAUUUCCCAGCCUGCAGUGGGGGGCAGACCCUUGGGACUCAACUGGCAUGGAUGCCAACUAUGUCCCUGGCCCUCUGGGCACACAGUGUGGUACCUUCAUUUUUGCACACUCAUCCCAGGUUCUGUAGCCUGGUGUUAAUGUUUACAAAGGGGCAAGAUGUCUCAUGGACACUGGCUUCUAACUCCUUGUUUUUCUAAAUGAACUUUUACAAUCUGCACAGUUGGAAUAUGAGUUUUGGGCAUUGAUUAUCCAGGACACACCCUCCUGGGUAGGUUUUGGGUGUUGGUUGGGUGAGGGUGUUGGUUGCUUGGCAGUUCUGAAGUAGAGCUGGCUCCUGGGGUGACAAUGUAUAUUUGCAAAUAAACUGAGAAAUCUUUUGUUGUUGACUUCUCUGUGUCUGGAGAGA